AAUAUCUAUUUUUAUACCCUACCAGCUGACAGAAUCGCUUUGUUCGGUGGAAGGUGACUUGACCAUUGGUGUAAUAUUUCAACUUGUACCAGCGUUAUCCUUCCCCUGUCGUGCUGACGGGCCACAUUCCUGUCAGAUGAACACGGACAUAGUGACGUCAACAUAUGACUAAAUUAAAUCACGUGACACAUCUAUAUACAGCCCCACGUGGGUCAGCACAUUGUGUUUUUGUCGGUCACACUUACUACGCCGCGUGUUGACGCACGGACUCUCGACAAGACACAACAAUAUGGACGAGGAGAGUUGCAUCCUUGCCUGAGAUCCUUCACUGAGGGCCGGUGAUCUCCCCUGGAGAUCCGACAACCACCGGACCAGACCGUGACCAUUCCCCGGGCCACCCUCGUCAUGGCAGAUCCCCGGAAGAGACACGGGUCCACGGACUCCUCUGCUUCGACCGACAGCGACUACAUCCCAACCCCUCCUGACGGAGGGUGGGGCUGGGUCAUUGUGGCCAGCUCCCUCGUCUGCAACAUCGUUGUCGACGGUAUCGGAUACAGCUUUGGCAUCUUUCUGCUCGAAUUCGUUGACUUUUUUAAAGAAGAGAAGAGUACAGUGGCGCUGGUGGGAUCGCUCCUGUGUGGAACGUACCUUACUGCAGGACCAAUCGUCAGUGCGCUGACCAACAGGUUCGGCUGCCGAGCUGUGGCCACGUGCGGGAGCGUCAUCGCCGCGGCGUCAUUCCUCCUCAGCAUGGGGGCUCAGUCCGUCAACAUCCUCAUGGUGACGUACGGCGUCAUGGGAGGAUUUGGUCUCGGUAUGGUGUACCUGCCGUCUAUCGUCAGCGUGGGGUACUACUUUGAGAAGAAGCGGGCCUUGGCAACGGGUAUCGCAGUCUGUGGUUCGGGAAUUGGCACGUUCAUUUUCGCACCUCUCUCUAAAUUCCUUCUGGACGAAUAUGAUUGGAAGAGCGCCUUAAUGAUAAUUGCAGGAAUCAUCCUCCAAUGUGCCGUGUGUGGAAUGCUGAUGAGACCAUUGGAAGUCAUUCAAAAGCCGAAGAAGAAAAGACCGCGUGCCAAAAACAUGAUGGACAGAAUCAAAGAGCAAGCCAAGUCCAAACGUUUCCGGUCUGAGUCCGAAUGUAGUGCGUACUUAUACAGCGUACGUGACAACAACAGCAUACUCGAGAGAGUGAUGGAAGCGAAGCUGUUACGGGAGAAGCAGCUAGAAGAUGACUCGGAGGUUGGGUCGUUACCCAGUAUGAUCUUCAUCAAGGCGAGGCAGGGGUCCCGAGAUGCGCGGAUCCACAAACUGUCAUUGUCCGACCGGGGCGACGUAGCUAGCCACCAGGGAGAUGCGGCCAGUCAUGCCGGCGAUACGACUAGCCAUCCGGGGAGUCCGGGGAGUGUCCCCAAGAUCGUGGUGCAGGACAACGAGGUUGCUCCCGUCCCCAACGAUGAAGCAAGGCUGUCUCUGACAACAGAGUCAGCCGUAGGGGACGGCACGGCGACAGAGCCAUCAGAGUAUGCCACACCCCCUACCUCUCCCCCCAACUCCCCGCCUGAAGUUAGCUCCCCUAGCAGCCCGGAGGAAGGCAUAUCCAAAUCGAGGCCAAUUGAAACUGACCUUGAAAACAAGAAGGCAUCUGUGGUUAUCAAGAACUGCACUAACGGGAGUUUACCUAACGCUAUUCACAAUACACAUGAAGGAAUCCCGUUACUUAACGUUCCAGAAGGCAAGGUGGUCAAGGCGAAUCAGAACGGGACCCACGGUUAUGUUGGUAAAUCGGCCAAAUCGCUGAUUGCCUCGCACAGAAGCCUUCACGCUUCCAAGGAAGACUUUGCUCGACCUUUGUACCGGAAGGACAUAUUUUAUAGCGGAAGUGUGUUAAAUAUUCCCCAGUUCCGGUCACAGCCGGAUGUGAGAAGUUACAUCACCAGCAUUACGACGAUUCCCGGCGAGAUUGCCCCAGAGAAGGAGUCCCCCGUGUGGCAGCUUUGCACGUGUGUUCCUAAAUCAGCCAAGGACACUUUGCAAGAGAUGAUGGACCUGUCACUACUGAAGGGAGCCAAUUUUGAUCUCCUGUGUUUCGGGAACGUUCUCGCCUUCCUCGGCUUCUACGUUCCCUUUGUGUACAUCGUCGACAGAGCAAUCCUGGAGGGGAUUUCCAAGAGUGAAGCGGCCUUCCUUGUCUCUGUCAUAGGUAUCACAAAUACGAUUGGGCGGAUCUUGGCCGGGUGGUUGGCGGACCUGCCCAAGGUGGACGCCCUGUUGGUGAACAACGUUUCCAUGGUGAUAGCAGGGGUGGCAACAAUCGUCAUGCCGUUUUGUGGGUCGUCAUACGCAGCCCUCGUCGUCAUGUCCUCCAUAUUUGGGGCAGGCGUUGGGGCGUUCAUCUCCCUGUCCUCCAUCCUCAUCUGUGAUCAACUUGGGCUUGAGAAGCUCACCAACGGCUUUGGGCUGCUCACGAUGUUCAGAGGCUUCGCCGCAGUGGCCGGGCCUCCGUUAGCAGGUUUCGUGUUUGACGCUACUGGGAAUUACGACCCGUCAUUCUACAUGGGGGGCGCCCUCCUGCUAGGGGGUGCAGCGUGCCACAUGCUGCUGCACCUGCCCUGUUUUGCACCCAAGCCACAGGAGAUGUACGAGGAUAUCUUCAUUGACGCUCCAGAGCAGCUGGGUCCUUCAAGCCCCCGACCCGAAACCCUCACAAUGGAGGAAGCCAUGAACAGCGUCUGAUGACGUCAUCGAUCAUAUAUCGCUGCCAUCAUCCCGUUCGCGUCUUUCCGUGACGUGCAAGGACCAAUCGGCGUCAUUCGUAACAACUCGUGUCGUUUGUCCUUGUAGGUUACGGAAAUCCGUGUAUGGUGACUUGAUUCAGCUCGUUCCGGAAUGGCGCGAGUGAUCACGUGGUUUUGUUGGCAUGGUCACAAGCAAUGACCCAGGAAGAGAAUUAGGGGAGUCUUUUAUCUCAUACGGCUUUAUGAUCUCGAUAUUUUGUACAUUUUAUAUGUGAUUUUCUAUGAGAUCGUCAAACCCAACACAAUCAAUCGUACACUUCCCACAACAUCCAUGUACCAUGUAUCAUGUAUCAUGUGCCAUGUACCCCAUUUUAGUUUUAAUGACCUUACACGGCUCACUGGGCAGGGUUGUGACGUCACACACGGUCUGUGUUUGAAUCCAUUGUCGAACAUUUUGAAUCCUGUGGGCGAAAGCACUUACUUCAUAGAAAACAUACAUCUUUUAAUCAGAUACAAGAGCCGACAGUAUGUUCUUGGUGUUCUGGUUUGUUGUGUCACGCCGCACUCAGCAAUAUUCAGCUAUAUGACGGCGGUCUGUAAAACAAUCGCGCCAAUCCAGUGAUCAACAGCAUGAGCAUAGAUAUCUGCAACUGGGAUACGAUGACAUGUACCAACCAAGUCAGCGAGUCUGAACAAUCGAUCCCGUUAAUCGCCUCUGGUGACAAGCAAGGGUUGCUGAAGAUCAAUUCUAACCCGGAUCUUCACGGUUUGUUUUUGGUGGUUACACGGGAAUACUCAAACAGUUUUAAGGGACCCACAUGUUGACAACAAAGUUAUAAAAAAAAUUCCUGCAUA